AUGGAGGAGGAGGACGCAUACCUGGACCUCUUCCUGGAGCCGUACUCCAUCCAGGAUUACUAUCCUCGAGCCGUGUCUCAAUUGUUCAGCCCACAAGCGCCUUUAGACGUGCACCCACUUAAUCUGUCCCAUCCAGAGACGGUGUUUAAUUCACAUCUUGGCAGAGGCAAAGAAGCAUCCAGUGACUUCUCAUCUGUGGAUCUAAGCUUCCUACCAGAUGAGCUUAUUCAAGAAAAUAAAGACCAGACUGUCGUUGGAAACAAGCAUGAAAAGGAGCCAAGUUGUGAAGCUCAAGACCAGCCAUGUCAGUUGCCUGGUGAGGAGGACAGCGGGCCGAGCUUGGACGGCGGCAAUUCACUGGACUCCCACCUGCGCCCUGAUGGUGCUGACUCCAACCAGCCCUCUCCAGGAAAACCCAACUCUCAUGCCUUACCUAUGGCAUCCUUACUGUCCAUGACACCAAUGAACCCUGUUCCAGAAUGCUCUGGAAUUGUGCCUCAGUUGCAGAAUAUAGUUUCCACUGCAAAUCUGGCUUGCAAAUUGGAUCUGAGGAAAAUAGCUCUGAAUGCCAAAAACACAGAAUAUAACCCUAAGAGGUUUGCUGCAGUCAUAAUGAGGAUCCGAGAGCCAAGGACAACAGCCCUCUUAUUUAGCUCUGGGAAAGUGGUCUGCACAGGAGCCAAAAGUGAAGAGGAGUCUCGACUGGCAGCGAGAAAGUAUGCUCGCGUGGUGCAGAAGCUUGGCUUCCCCGUCAGAUUCUUCAAUUUUAAAAUUCAGAACAUGGUUGGAAGCUGUGAUGUGAAAUUUCCCAUCAGGCUGGAGAUUUUGGCGCUAACCCACCGGCAGUUCAGUAGCUAUGAACCGGAACUGUUUCCUGGUCUCAUUUAUAAGAUGGUGAAGCCACAGGUGGUGUUGCUCAUCUUCGCCUCUGGAAAAGUUGUGUUGACAGGUGCCAAAGAGCGUUCUGAGAUCUACGAAGCAUUUGAAAACAUGUAUCCUAUUCUGGAAAGUUUUAAGAAAAUCUGA